ACAUUACAACAACAAGUAAUGACGUUGGCAUGACAUGACAUUUGUCAAACAGUUUUCUUCUGGUUUCCCUUCAAAACGUAUAAAUAUAUUUUUAUGUUGUUUAUGUAUUUCGUAAAAGCAAAGUACUAUUAAUUUUAGUUUUAUAGUACUCAUUUUGUUAAUUAAUAAUUUAUCAUGAUAUAUUUUAAGCAAAACAGUAAAAUGCUCAUAUUUUUCUACCAAGAUUUUACAUCCCAAAAGAUAUUAUUCUAAACGUAAAGUUUUUGAUGCAAAUUAUCAAUAUUUGCAGAGAAGUAGAGUUCCUACUAUGCAUUUUCAGAAGUCGUUACCCCGUUUACCAAUUCCAAAAUUAGAGAACACUGGAGAACGCUAUUUAAAUGCUCUGAAACCUUUGUUGUCCAAAAAAGAAUAUGCCGAAGCUGAAGGUCGGACCAAAGCUUUUGUAGAAAUUUCCGGCAAAACGUUACAAGAAAAGCUAAUUAUGAAGGAUAGAGCUUCCAAACACACAAGUUAUAUUUCAGAUUAUUGGUUUGACUUGUAUCUACGCGAUCGCUCCCCACUCCCAAUUAACUACAAUCCUCUAAUAGUAUUUCAAAAUGAUGUGAAAACCGAAUACAAUAAUCAAUUAGUUAGAGCUACUAAUAUUUUAAUAAGUUCUGCAAGGUUUUUAUCAUCUUUGAGGGAGCAAAUUUUGGAGCCAGAAGUGUACCAUAUGAACCCCAAGAAAAGUAACACUCCUUUAUUCAGAACUGUCACAGGAUUUUUGCCUGAAGCAUUGUCAUGGUAUGGAGCCUAUUUAUUUAAAGCAUUUCCUUUGGAUAUGAGUCAAUUUCAAGGUUUAUUUGGAGCUACCCGUAUUCCACAAUUGAACAAAGAUAAAAUUUUAAGAGAUCCCUCAAGCAAACAUGUUGUUGUUCAGAAAAAUGGAAACUUCUAUAUAUUCGAUCUAUUUGAUGUCAAUGGUAAUCUUUUGUCUCCUGGAGAGAUAUUAGGCAACCUCAUUCAAAUAGAUAAUGAUACCACACCAUUUAAUGAACACCCUCUUGGUAUUUUAACGUGUCAGAAUCGUGAUAAAUGGGCAAAACAGAGAGAAUAUUUGGAAGCAACAGGAAAUAAGAGUGUCUUAAAUAAAAUUGAUUCCGCCAUUCUGAACCUUGUUUUGGAUAAAGAAGUUUUGAAUGAUGAUAAACAUCAAAUUUUGAAACACUACCUUCAUGGUGAUGGUCUGAACAGAUGGUUUGACAAGUCAAUUAGUGUUAUAAUUACUAAAGAUGGGUAUUCUGGUGUGAAUUUUGAACAUUCAUGGGGGGAUGGUGUGGCAGUGCUCAGAUAUUUCGAAGAUAUUUACAAAGAGACCACAAAAAAACCAUUUGCCCAUCCAGACACAAAACCUUUGGAUAGUAAUCAAUCUGUAAUGAAAUUAGAAUUUAAAUUAGAUGAUACAUCAAAAGGUUUUAUUGAAUCUGCUAAAAAAGAGUACAGAGAGUGGUACAAGUCUUUGAGCAUAGAUUACAUUCUGUAUGAAGGUCUCAAUAAAGAAGAUUGCAAAAAGUUAAAAGUUAGUCCUGAUUGCAUUAUGCAGCUUGGAUUUCAAGCUGCUUAUCAUCUUUUACACGGAAAUUAUGUCGGUACUUACGAAUCCUGCAGUACAUCUGCUUUCAAACACGGUCGUACUGAAACUAUGAGGCCUUGCACCGAGAAAACUAAACUUUUUUGUGACAGUCUUCACUUAAACAAAUCUUCUAAGGAAGAGCUACGUGGUAUGUUAAAAGAAUGCUCAACGGGACACAGCCAAUUGGUGAAAGAGGCAGCUAUGGGACAAGGUUUCGAUCGUCACAUGUUUGCCCUGAGAAAAAUAGCUGAGGAUAACAAUAUGCCAAUCCCCGAACUAUAUGAAUCUUAUGAAUACAAAUUCUUGAAUAAAUCUAUUUUGAGCACAAGUACUCUAUCUUCACCGAGCGUUCUAGCUGGCGGGUUUGGGCCGGUAGAUCAAAAUGGUUUUGGUAUUGGGUACUCAGCAUUCCCUGAUAAAUUGGGUGCCGCAGUUACAAGUUACAGGCCGCAUAACGAUAGUUCCCAGUUUAUUGAAGCUUUACAUAAGUCAUUCCUAGAUAUUACCAAAAUAUUGUCAAACUAGCUAGACUUUUGUUAGCAAAAUAAUUUUCAGAUACAUGUUCACUGUAAAGCAUAUUGUCUAAACUACACUGUUAACAUUGCGCUCAAACGAUGGGAAUCAAGAUAUUUGUUUAUAAUAUCAUUUUUAAAAAUAACUGUUCAUAAACAUUAUAAGCAUCAACAGUUUGUAUUUACGCACGUCGAGAGCAGUAGAGUAAACAAAAUUCAACUAUAAGAACAUUCCGUUAGGGUCAAUUCAUAGUGGCACAAAAUUAAAAUGCAUUGAAGCGUCAAUCUGAAAAUUAAUUUAACAAAUACACCUUAUUUUAAAAGGUUAAUUUUCAUAUUUUUUCUAAGAAGAAUUUUGAGAUUUCGACUGUGCUAUAGAAUGAAUUUAUAGUUCUAUGUGGUAACGAUAUUUAUGUAUAAGUAUCUUAUAUACCCAUUUAAAUAUCGUUUUAAGACUGGACAGU